UUCCAGGCAUGGAGAAGGUUGAACGGGCUGUUAUCCUUCUAAUCACUUAGGCUAAUCCUUUAGUUAUUUUUGUGUAUUGGAUUAUCAGAGGAUUAAAGUGGGUCAGAACAGGAUGGCCGAAGAGACGGAAAACCCGUCUGUAAACAUCAGAGUCAAGCUGAGAAGCAACGCUGCCCAGGAGAGGAUCAAGCGAAGACAAGAGCUUUUCGACAUGCACAGGGACUUAAGUUCUAAGUUCCAACUGCAGAAAAGCUACGGGGAAAGCGACGUGGUCAAGGCGGCCGCUUGCAUAGUGGGACAUGGCAAGGACAAAGAAGACGCCUUCGCUGUGCUCAAAGCGGCAUUCAUCCAGGACGAAUCGCUCAUCGUCGCUUUCAUGAAGAUUGAAGGCGCUCUGCACUCCUUGGUCGGAUACUUGCUAAGCAGAAACUCCUAUGAACAAUUGCUUGCGACGGAAUGCUGCUGCAACCUUUCCCUAGGCGACGGCAAAACCUGCUACAAGCUGGCGAAGGCGGCAACCCCAUACCUCAUCACAAUACUACAAGGUUGCAAUUAUAAACUGAUGGAUGUUGCAAUCGAGACUUUGAGCAAUUUGGCUGGCACUGGUGAAAAAACAAGCCGGCUUCUCUACUCCCAAGGAAUUUUGGAAGCAUUUCAAAGGACAAUCAAAUUUCCUGAGCUAGGCGAGCUAACAGCGAAAGCGCUCGUCAUGCUAACAAAAAGCCUUAAAAUGACUUUGAAGGAUGAUGAGGUUCUAGCAGUAGUAAAUUCAGUGCAUCCAUAUUUUGUGUCAUCAGUCCACGUCCAAUGGCUUUUAUAUCAUUUAUCUUCAGUAAAGUAUAUUAUACCGAAACUCCUCGAGAAAGAGAUCCCUGGAACGAUAAUCUACAAUUUGGACAAACUGGAAUCAUUGUGUUCUAAGAAUAUAAUGUCUGUGACUGCACAAGUCAGAACUUUAGGCAAUUUAAGCAUAGAUGCUAACGGAUAUACCGCUAAUGUUAUACUCGACAAUUGGGAGAUAAUGUUAAAGACGAUGAGAAUUUUUAUGAACUCGAGUUACAAACACCUCUGCAAAGAACUGUUCUGGGUAUUGGGCACCAUGUUGAGACAUGAUUCUCCUGAUGUACAGCAAAAGUUGAUAACGAGGGCAAGGGACUUGCAGUGGCUGAAUGUAUAUACGUUUCAUUCCGCAGCCCCAAGGAUAUGAUCUUGUUGAAGAUGAUGAAUGAUUUUGUGCCUUACAAUCAGUAUUUUCCUUGAUCUAACACUUGCAGGCAACGCUUCAACUCUUGGUCGCAUUUGCAGUGGGAUCUGAAAUCAAAUUUAAGGGAUUUUUUAGUUUAUUUGUUUUUGUUUGAAAAAUAUCAGUAAGAAGCAUGGCUGUUAAAAAUAUAUAUUUUUUCUUUUCUAAAUUUUCUUUAAAAAAAAUAUAUAUAUCAUUUAAGCGUUUUAUACUUGUACAAUGAGAGAUAACAUUGCAUCCAAUAUUUUAACUUUUAUAUUGUUUAGAGCAAAAAUGUUUUUACUUUUUAUUAUCACCUCAUCUUCUUGUGUCGAUGUCAAAGUUUCAUAAAUUUGUUUUCCUGUGGGUGAUGUGAUCACAAUUUAAUAUAUAUUUGUUCAUAGUUCC